AUGAAUAUAAAUAACAAAUUUUACACUUUUAUUGCCAUAAGAAAUGCCUUUUUCUGUCAACUUGGCAUUGGGAUUUUAGCCAAUGCCCUCCUUCUUGUCUUCCACGUCCUCACGUUCCUUCUUGAGCACAGGCCCAAGGCCACUGACCUGACCAUCGGCCACUUGGCCCUAAUCCACCUAGUGAUGCUGCUGACCGUGGGAAUCAUGGCCACAGACAUUUUUGGGUCUCAGAAUUUUUGGGAUGACAUCGAGUGUAAGGCAGUUCUGUACUUGUACAGGUUGAUGCGGGGCCUCUCCAUCUGCACCACCUGCCUGCUGAGUGUCCUGCAGGCCAUCACCCUCAGCCCCAGGAGCUCCUGUCUGGCAAAGUUCAAACAUAAAUGCUCACAUCACAACCCUUGUGUCUUUCUCUUCCUGUGGGUCUUCAAUAUGUCCGUUAGUGGUCGCUUCAUAAUUUCCACUAUUUCUACCCCCAAUGUGACCUCAGGCUAUCUAAUGUAUGUCACUGAAUCCUGUUCUCUUUGGCCCCUAAGUUACUUGUUCAGGUAUGUAUUUUCCACACUGGUGACCUUCCGGGAUAUUUCCUUUGUGGGGCUCAUGGCCCUCUCCAGUGGAUACAUGGUGGUUCUCCUGAACAGGCACAAGAGGCAGUUCCAGCAUCUCCGCAGCACCAUCCUUUCUCCAAAAGCAUCCCCAGGAAAAAGGGCCACCCGGACCAUUCUGCUGCUCAUGAGUUUCUUUGUGGUCAUGUACUGUUUGGACUGUGUUGUCUCCUCCUCCUCAGGAAUGUUGUGGAACAAUGAUCCAGUUCGCCUGUGUGUCCAGAUGCUUGUGGGCAAUGGCUACGCCGCCAUCAGUCCUUUGGUGCUCAUCAGUACCGAAAAACGAAUCAUUAAGUUCUUAACAUCCAUGUGGAUGUUAAGAAGGAAAGUAAGUGUUAAUUCAUUCAGUGGUGAAUAA